UUGUACUUGAUGGAAUCAACAUCAACAACAAUGGGGAAAAAUCUAGGAAUGAGAUUUAAGAGAAUAGCAGAAGCGUUUAAUCAAGGAGCUAAGGCAAGAAUGUGUGCAGAGAGUAGUGGAAGUGAACAUUCAGCAGUAGGGGAUAAUAAUACUUCACCUGAUGAUCUUUCUGACUUGGUUGAUUUGUUUCUUGAGCGAGGAUAUGAUGAUAAUGAAAUUGAGUUUCAAGAACAUGAAAAAAAGGUAGUUAAAGUUAAAGAGAAGAAGAAAGGAUCUGAUGAUGAUGAUUUGGAUGAGUUUAUGGAUGAUUCUGAAACUAAAGAUAUGUUAAAAGACCUGUUAUUAGGAUCCCAAGAUGGGGAUUCUCAAGUUCGAAGAAAAAUUCGCGAUGAAACGGAAUUAGCUUUUAAAGAUACCAGAAUGAGCUCUUCAGAAGAUGGAUUUAGAAGACGAUUAAUGACUAGAUUACGUCAAAGAGGUUUUGAUGCAGGUCUUUGCAAAUCAAGAUGGGAAAAAACGGGUCGGUUUCCAGCAGGAACGUUCGAGUAUGUAGAUGUGAUUGUCUCAGGAAACCGUUACAUUGUUGAAGUACAUCUUGUUGGAGAAUUCACCAUUGCUAGACCAACAAAUCGUUACAUUACUUUGCUCGAAGCGUUUCCUCAAAUUUUUGUUGGGAAACCGGAUAAACUAAAACAAGUAGUGAGAAUAAUGUGCGAGGGUAGUAAACAAUCGUUAGAGAAAAAUGAUAUGCACAUUCCACCGUGGAGAAGAAAUGGGUAUAUGCAAGCGAAAUGGCUUAGCAUGUACAAGAGAACGAUCAAUUCCGUUGCGGAUAUGGUUGUGUCAGGUUCGGGAACUGGCAGACGGUCGGUCGGAUUUGGCACAAUUCCAGCACCUGUGAAGGUCUAUUAUUGUAGAGAUGAGUUAGAGCGGAGAAGAGAUGUGGUGGGAACGGGUAAAAAAGUAGGCCAAUUAUUAAUUUGAUGGCAUCAGCGAUCAGAUUGUUAGAAUCAGAAUUCACUUGUAUACGCGGAAUCCCCUAAGAAACAUCCCGUUCAUGAAAUGAUGGUAAAAAUUUCAACAAUGAAGUUGGUGGAAGACCCAAGUCAACCUGCAGGCUUUUUGAAUAGACUAGAAACCUCAAUCGUAAGAUUUCUUCAGUAUCUCAUUGUUUCUUAUGUUUGUUAUCAAUUUUGUAAAUGAUUUUGUUAGUA